AAAAAAAAAAAACAUUGAAAGCGUCCCUACCAGUCAGAGCAGCAGCUGCAGCUUCAGGGAAAUUUUAACUCUACAACAAUGAGUGAAUCACUGGUGGUGUGUGAUGUGGACGAAGAUCUGGUCAAAAAGCUGAGGGAGUUCCGUUUCCGGAAGGAGACCAACAAUGCCGCCAUCGUCAUGAAGAUCGAUAAAGACAAGCAGCUUGUUAUUCUUGACGAAGAGCAUGAGGACAUUUCUCCUGACGAUCUGAAGGACGAGCUGCCUGAGAGACAGCCAAGGUUUAUCGUCUACAGUUAUAAGUACCAACAUGAUGAUGGACGUGUGUCUUAUCCCCUCUGCUUCAUCUUCUCCAGCCCAGUGGGUUGCAGGCCAGAGCAGCAGAUGAUGUACGCAGGAAGCAAAAACAAACUGGUGCAAACUGUUGAACUGACCAAGGUGUUUGAGAUCAGAAACACAGAGGACCUCACAGAGGAGUGGCUUAGAGAGAAACUUGGCUUCUUCCGCUAAAGUCUUCACCUCAUUCAGGGGUCUGGGAUGUGAGGAGGAUCCAGGAUGCACAGCUCGUGUCAUCGCUGGGGGAGAACACACCACAGUUAACGUUUCCCUCCUCUUUGUACCAGUCCUGAUUUAAAUACUGUGUGAAAACACUUUCUGUUCUCAGUUUUAGGCCUCUUUGGUGGAGUCUACUCGAUAUUACAACUCGUAGUUUGUCUGACGGUUCAGACAGUCACAGGAGUGUGAAUACUUUCCUGUGACUGUCAAAAUCUGCGGCACUUACUAAAGCUCACCCAUCUGGCAGCCUAAAACUGAAAAUACUAUUUGACACAGGUCUGCUUUUGUCUCCCAUACGAUCUCCCCAUGUGCCAGUUAUGUGUCUGUAUUGAAUUAACACUCCCAUAGCUCUUCAACUGAACAGAAAUUGAUAGUGCUCAUCCGCCCUUCCUAACCAUGGUCAUUCAGGAGAAUUUAAAGGCAUUUUAACAACCGUUUCUGUUUCCUUAAGUAGUUUACACCUUUUUAUGUUUAAUCAUUUUUCAUAAUUUGAGGGACUCUUACUUUUUUAGAUUUUUUUUUUUUUAAUUUUCUCUGGUGUAUCUAGGGUAAUGUAAUCAUACACUUCAUAGCAUUCAUUUCCAUUUGUUGUGAAAAACAAACUUCCUGCCUGAACAAUCACAGCUACAAUUCAGACAACAAAUCUGAGUUUAGUCAGUUUCUCCUUCAGUAUUCAUUUAAGGGCAUUUUAAUUAUAAUUUAAGUAAAAAAAAAAACAAAAAAAACACUACGAGCAUUUGACAAGAGGCUCUCCUAAGACUUACAGUAAAUGUGAUGUGUUGUACCGUCUCCUCUGCACAUGAACACGCUGACAGAAGCCACUACACCCACAGUAACAGGUUAGGCAGGGGCCAUCACACGGAGCAGAACUGCCCUUGUGAGUCCGUCAUCAGAUCACAUCCUAGAGAAGAAACAGCGUGAACCUUUGGUAGAGCUGUGUUCUGCCUUUCACCUGCACCAACACCCCAGGAAACAAUACUUCCACUGAAACAUUCCAGACUGAACAAUUUAUACAACAAACCCUCAUCUCCAGUGACCACGACAGUCUUGAAAACACUGCACACAGGGCGGCAUUACCUGCCCUCUUUUUACUCUACUGGGCUACUCUGUAUAAGUGGGUUACUGUGUCUUUAGGGAGAUUGUUAGCUAAUGUUGUGCAUUAUAGCUAUUACUGUUAUUAGUGUUUAUGAAUGUUGUGCUUAAUUCUGAUGUAAAGCCACUUUGAUUGCUUCGUGGCGGUCACAGCCUUGAGAAUGAACGGCUGUGACUUCUCCAAACGCCAGUUGUGCUUAAAGUUUAGACUUGGUAGGUAAAGUACAGCAUCUGCGCAAUUCACAUUUUCCAUAAAGAACAGGGUUUGACCAAUAUAACAUUUUGAAGGCUGAUACUGGUAAUUAUGAGUUGAAUGUGCCAGCAGGUCCUAUUUUGUGCCAAUGUCUAAUAUGUUAAGUGAAGUCUAUAAGUAUUUAGACACUUUUUUGCAGCAUUUGACCUGUAUUCUGUCAUAUUGGCUUUGUGAUUAAACACAGACGGAGGCUUUAAGCAAGUUACAUAUUCAGUGUGCUGGAGUACACAGUUAAAAAAACAAAAAAUGUGUCACUUUCCACACGCUUAUUGGACUCUGUUGUAUAUUUUUGGCUAUUUUCACACCCGAAAAAUGACAGUGCUUCCCUGUUUCCUGCUGAAAAUCCUCUGAAACUGCACGUAGAACAGUGCAGCACACUACAACUCUAAACCAAGCAGACUAAGACCUUAAGGAUUAGCAGUUCUUAACAACAUCCUGAGAUAGAUAAAAAGCUAAAUAAAUUGUACUCAACAUCUGCAAAGAAAAUUGCAUCGUAGGUGCUACUAAAUGGUUUUAUGUGACCAGUGAGAGAAAAAAAAAACCUCCAUUAUAGAGGUGGUGGAUGACUACAGAAGCAGAUUUCUGGUUAUUAAUAAAAGCUUAAUAUCAGCUCAGUAUAUUGGUCUGACCCUAAUAAAGAAUAAUAGGCACAAAUGAAUUUCACACAUUCCCUCAUCAGUGUCGUCUCGUAUUGAGAAACUUGUACUUUGGGAACAGAUAUUGGAGAGUUGUGGCUGAUUUAAAUCACCACAUAGUCUAUGAUGUCCUACUGCUAAGUUUACCAUACCAAUGCCUUGUCUGACAUUUUGUGUCAUAUUUAUGUCUGUUUUGAAAAACCAUGUGGCCAAAAUGAAAACAUGACACAAAUAUGUUUUGUGAGGGAAAAAUAGAUGGUGAUUGAAAAAGCUUUGUUGGGGAUUUUUUUUUUUCUA